AUGCUGAGACUCGUCCCCGGGUGCCACCGACGCAGCCAGGGCCAAGUCGGGCAGGAGCACGGGAAGCACUCGGCCGGCUGCGCCUUCCUCGCGCUGCAGAAGGACGUGUCCGAGCUCACCCUGCAGGACUUCCUGAAGCUGGACAAGGAGCGCAUGAAGAACAUGAUCGUAAGCACCCCACAAACACGGCAAAAGAAAAUUUCCGAGAAGGUGGCUGAGAUUGAAGAAGCAGCCAAGUGCGUCCGUCGUGAAAUCGAGCAUCACAUCCACUAG